AUGUUUCUCAUUAGACACAACUCAGCUCAGUACAUCGUUCAUAGAAUACAAAUCUCCCGCACAAUCUUCAACACAACUGGCCUAGCCUUCAAACACAAUAUGAAGUUCACCGCUGCUCUCUUCGUCCUGGCCUUCGCCCAGAAGGUCCUUGGCAAUCCUGUUGUCCAUGUAAGCACAACGGAUACCAUGGUUGAUGUUGGAGAUCUGGACCUCUUCAAAGAGACCUGGCAGGCCAUCUACGCAGCCGCAGGAAACCAGCACGCCAUUACUUCACACACCGAAAACGUUGUGGUCCAGGUCAAACCUUGCAACAUAGACAAAAGUCACACCCGUCAGAUCACCAUUACGAUCGAGGGUGCCUGGGACGAUGUCAAUGGCAGACAUCACGAGAUUCGGGACGCCAUGGUUGAAGCUGCUUGGAAAACAAUCCAAGACUUUUCUGCCAAGAAAGAGUAUAACGUAUGGAGGAACUGCUGCAGAAACACUAUCGGUUCUGUCUGCAGUCAGAGAGGAUGCGACGGCGGUUGCGGCUGCGCGGAGGACGGCAAUGAAGCCAUCAGGUGUGACGACCUCCACCACGGACAUCAUGUUCCCGCUAUUCUCAAUGUCUCGGUUGAAAAGCACGGCGAACUCAGCGGAAAUCGCCUUAGGAUUGCCUUUUCCUCCCAGGCUGCUGAGGAGCUGGGCGGCUGUCACGUGGCUGCCGGUAUUGUGAAGGACCUUGCUGGAUUUGUUUUUCCCCCGGUUGUCGGAGCUCUGGUUGGAGUUGGUAUUGAUCUCUCGUGUGCCUAG